AUGAUCAUUAAACACUAUCUCACACUCGGGGUGGUUGUUCUUUGGGCCAAUGCCCAUUUGCUAGUAAUGGAGCCAGAACCCUACGGGAAAGAUACUCUCAACAACUCGCCUCUUGCUGCAGAUGGAAGUGACUUCCCCUGUAAGCUACGUCCAAAUGCAUUUGAAACCUCCGGAGAAGCAACCUACCGCAUCGGGGACGAUCAGGUACUGAAACUCAAAGGAAGCAUAACCCAUGGAGGCGGCUCGUGCCAAAUCAGUCUUACCAAGGAUCGUGUUCCGACAAAGGAUUCUGAGUGGAAAGUUAUUAAGUCGUUCGAGGGAGGGUGCCCCGCAAAUGUAGCCGGACAGCUUGUUGGGGGCGCCGAUUCCGGCAAUUCCCUCCAUCUUCCCUUCAGGAUACCUGAAGGGAUUGAACCUGGAAAAUAUACAUUGGCUUGGACAUGGUUCAAUCGUAUCGGCAAUCGAGAAAUGUACAUGAACUGUGCGCCGAUUACUGUAAUUGGCAACGACCAGCCUGUGGUGCUUGAGAAGCCUGAAGCCUUGUUCCCGCCCAUGUUUAUCGCCAAUAUCAACGGCUGCAAAACUAGAGAGAUGGUGGCUAUUCGUUUCCCAGAACCCGGGAAGUUUGUUGAGAUUCCACCUCAUGUGAUCAAUCUUGCUGAUGAGAACGAGCCCCCGUGCGUGGGUAUUCCAACCCUUCAUUUCGGUCUACCAACGGAAGUUGUGCCUUCUGCGCCUUUGUCCGAUCAUUCUAUAGGAAUGAUUACUUCGAAUGUAAAAUCAAGCGCGUUGUACACAGGAGUUCCCCACCUCCCUAAUUGUUGCUGCCGUUAG